AUGACGGCCAUGACGGCCAUGGCAACCGGCAGGCCUCCCAAGUCGGACGCGACGCACUACCUGGUGCCGGUGCCGGUGCCCAACCUGCGCGCGCUGGACCCCUCGGCCCGCGGGGGCGAGGGCGAGGGCGAGGGCGAGGUCGGGGUCGAGGUCGACCCCAAGACGCACUCGUGGGUCCAGCCCAUUGUCAUUGACGACGAGGACCUCAUGUUUGGCGGCAAGUCGCUGAGCGCGUGGUACGAGGAGGACCGCCGGCGCCUGAGCAGCGGGGCAGGCGACGAGGAGCCCCGAGGUCGGGAACGCGUGCGCCGACACGACGCAGCGUCGCCCAAGAGCCGUCCAAAGUGA